AUGGCAACUGGUGCUAAGGAUUUGUUAAUUGCUUUGCAAUUGGGCAUGAUUUUCGCUGAUUUGAUCUUCAAUUUGGCUGAUGUUCUAUUGUAUGCCGAUAAUAUGAUUUUAUUAAUGAUUUACAUCUUACAAGGCACAAAUCUAGUGCUUUGCAUUAUUGUGUUGGUCAUCUCGUUCAGCUCGACGUUCGUCUUUCAGGCCGGUUUGAUCUCGCUUUUACUGAAAGAAUUCUCGCCAACACUUCUCGUUUCGGUUCUUUACUUGAUCGCCUCUAUAGCUCUUCAUGUUUUCACUUUGGGAGCUCGCUGGAGAGCGCCUGAUUAUAUCCCGUGGACUUCUGAAUGGUUGACUGGGCUGUACACUCUGCAAAGAAUCAUGGCCAUCAUUUUCUAUGCUUAUUACAAGAGAACCGCUUUUCUUCUAACCGAUCCCCGGCUACACUCUGAUAACAAAUGGCUGAGGAAUCAGAUCAGAAUGCAACCGCAU